ACGUAUUAUUCAGGGAGCCCUGGAAAAAAACGUGCAAUCAUGGCGGAAGGUGCAGAGCAGAAAAACGAAGUGGAGGCUCAAGUGGAAAUGGCAGAGAAUGACGAGGGUAAGGAAGAACGUCUUGAACUCCAACCGGAGCAGGAGACAAUGCGCAGUGUAGUACUAACUGGAUAUGGAGGCAUCCACAAGUUACAAGUGCAAAAAUACGCGAAACCUAAACCGAUGAAUGGACAAGUUGUAGUUCGAGUGCAUGCUUGUGGCCUCAAUUUUGCGGACAUAGCACAACGCCAAGGACUUUAUCCCAGUCCACGAAAACCUCCAUUCAUUCCUGGUUUGGAAUGUUCUGGAACUGUAGAGGAGCUUGGUGAAGGUGUCACAGGAUUAGAGGUUGGUUCACGUGUAACUUGCUUGACUACAGAUGGUGCCUGGUCAGAGUAUACCUGUGUUCCGGCCAGCACAUGCUUUGUUAUUCCAGAGAGCAUGAGUUUUGAGGAUGCAGCUGCAAUUCCUAUCACAUACCUCACUGCGUAUUUAAUGCUUUUUCACUGUUCUAAUCUGGGUGCAAGGAAAAGUGUCCUGAUUCACAUGGCAGCUGGUGGAGUGGUAAGAAAAAGACUGCUGUAUACAUAAUCCAAGUAAACAGACAUCUGUCUUCAUCCCCAGGAAAAGAGUAUUACCUUCCAUUAGUUUCAUGCCUUAAAUAU